UCAUUAUCUCCAGUUCAGCAAUCUCUUGUUUUUCUCUGAAAUAAUUUUUCACCUUCCGUUUUAUAUUAAUUAUAUCUGUUAAACCUUUUAAUUUCCUACAAUUAGCUCAAACAUAGCAAUGCAUACACAGGCACCUACACGAAGACACAUAAAAAGAAUUACAACAACUCACGCUGACUCAGAAAUAUGAACAUUUGUGUAAAUACACACAGACAGUGAGACGUAAACACACAUGUUGAGUAGACGAACGAACACACAUACAAACUCACUCAUAGACACAGAAUAAAAAAAUAGCGAUACUAUACAUACAUACAUACAUACAUACAUACAUAAAUGCACGUAAACUAAUAUAGUGCAAAAUACAAACUUGCAUGCUUGUAUAAAUGCAGAAAUAAUUCACAUUCGUAUACUCACUUUAUUCGGGCACUGUACACUUGCAGAUGCCAAUACAGAAGAACAAAGAUGUUUUCACAUUACAGAGACGCAUUCCCCACCUCCACAAAUCGAUCAGUAGAAAAGCGUAUUCCACUAGCAUGAAUUCACCAAUAAGAUAAAACCUACACUUUCUCGAAAACUGCGGCGAAGUUUAGUCGGUGGAUAGUUACCGUUUUACAACAGGUGGGCGAUGAAAUUUUCAUUCAAAAGCUUUGAAAACAAACUAACGUAACCCACGCAUAUAUAUAUAUAUAUAUAUAUAUAUAUAUAUAUAUAUAUAUAUCACGUCUUCACUUGAAGUAUUUGGUGAUUUUGCCAAAACAGAGGAAACUAGAAUUAUAAAAGCUUUCAGUCUUCUCUCUGUACGAUAUUGACAGGAACACUUUUACAACUAAACAUAACAAUAUCUUUCGUGACAUCAAAUAUAGAUAUCAAUUCACAUAAAUAAAAGUAAGUACAGCGACUAAAAGACUGAGACACACACACACACUAAAAAAUACACACACACGCGAAUACACACACACACACACACAAAUACACACACACACACACACAAAUACACACACACACACACAUACGUGUUAAAAUCAAAUCCUUAGGUUCAGUUAUUAUAUAGAGAUAUAUAGAUAUCAUUCGUUCGUGCUUGCGAAUUACCAAAAAGGAUCGUAAUAUUAGUUUUGAGGUUUAUUAUUAUUAUCAUUAUUAUUACUAUUAUCGUCACGCGAACAGCGUGUCAUUCAUUCAUUGAUUGAUUCAUUGAUUCAUUUAUAUAUAUAUAUAUAUAUAUAUAUAUCAUAGGAACUGAUUCUAACAGCUCAAUGAGAAGUAUUCAGUCUUAGAGCUAUUUCAACAAUUUGAAAAUUGAUAAAAUUAAAGAAUUCCAGUGUCGGUAUCGGAAUUGAAUAACACCAUAAAAAAGAAAAAGAAAAAGAAAAAGAAUACAAAUACGGCAAAACCAGGAAGAUUUUUUUUUCUUUGUACUCUGACUCUAAGUGAACUUGUCCUGUCUCUACUUGUGAUGAGUACGGAAAGAAGUGUGACGGAUCUUCUAUCUUAGAACGAAAAAAAAAAAAACAGAAAGAAAGAAAAGGGAGACCACAGUUUCAGGAAACCAGGUGACGAGUUAGAGAAACACUGCAUUAACAACUUUUACAUUAUACAGUGACUGUUUGGGCACUGCGACAUCUUGAUUGAUUUCAUCGUAACAAAAAAAAAAAAAAAAAAAAAAAAAAUAGGAACAAUGCCUUUUGGUUCAUUCGCUGAAUUUAAGGGCCGAAUACUGUACCCUCCUACAGAAGCUGCCCAAUUUGCUAAGCUAUCAUUCCAAAGGUUGAUAAAAAAGAGCCAGGAUCAAAAGACUCUUGUUAAUUAUGACGAACUCGACGAGACGUAUGGUGAUGAUGAAUCGCCACCCGGGCCAAGGAAAACUUUACCGAUGCCAGGGCCCUUACCACCAGUCCCAGCACCCAAAUGCAUGUGUUUCCAGUCCAGGCAACGUUACUUAAUAGCAUUGCUCAGUAGUUUAGGCUUCCUCAUCUCCUUCGGUAUUAGAUGUAACAUGGGCGUGGCCAUUGUAAUGAUGGUAAACAACGACACAGACAGUGAUUCUUCACAGAACACAACCGAAGUGAGAAUGCCCGAAUUUAGCUGGACACCAGAAACUAUCGGAAUUGUCGACAGCUCAUUUUUCUGGGGAUAUAUUAUUACACAAAUACCAGGUGGUUACCUCGCAUCCAAACUGCCAGCUACUAGGAUAUUUGGAACAGCAAUAACCAUUUCUUCAUUCUUAAACUUGUUCCUUCCUGGAGCUGCCUCUGUACAUUAUGGACUAGUCAUGGCAGUGAGAAUCCUUCAAGGGUUGGUCGAGGGUGUCACAUAUCCAGCUUGUCACGGUAUCUGGAGACAUUGGGCACCACCGUUAGAACGCUCCCAGCUAGCAACAAUAUCUUUCUGUGGUUCGUACGCAGGAGCAGUAUUGGGAAUGCCUUUAUCAGGCCUUCUCACGCAAUAUUUAGGUUGGCGUUCUGGCUUCUAUUGUUUUGGUAUGAUGGGUAUAAUUUGGGGUAUAUGUUGGUACCUGCUAUCUCAUGAAAGGCCAUCAACACACCCUCAUAUAACAAAAGAAGAGCGACAUUAUAUAGAAUCCAGCAUAGGGGAACCUGCAGUUGCUAUUACCACGCAUAAUACGCCAUGGAAGAAAUUCUUUACUUCUAAACCAGUCUACGCUAUCAUGGUUGCUAACUUUUGUCGUAGUUGGACAUUUUAUUUAUUAAUUAUUGAACAACCGACAUACUUCAAAGAAGCAUUCCGUUUUAAUGUAUCUCAGAGUGGCAUCAUAUCUGCUCUUCCUCAUCUUGUUAUGGCUAUUAUUGUACCAUUUGGUGGUCAGUUGGCCGAUUUUUUGAGGCGAAAUGGCUACUUAUCAACCACAAAUGUAAGGAAAAUAUUUAACUGCGGAGGUUUCGGAAUGGAAGCCGUAUUCCUAUUAGGUGUUGGCUACACUGCUGACAGAGUCACUGCAAUUGUAUGUCUCACAUUAGCAGUUGGCUUCAGUGGAUUUGCUAUAUCAGGUUUUAACGUCAACCAUCUUGAUAUUGCACCUCGUUACGCUAGUAUACUCAUGGGUUUGUCAAACGGUGUUGGGACAUUAUCUGGCAUGUUAUGUCCACCAAUUACUGAGAUGUUAACCAAAAUACCGGAUGUUAGCAGUUGGGAACAUGUGUUUCUCAUCGCAAGUAUGGUACAUUUCGGUGGUGUUAUAUUCUACGCUAUAUUUGCAUCAGGAGAAUUACAACCGUGGGCUGAACCACCACCUGAAGACGAAUGGAAACCAGAGGAUACGUUGAAAGGAGAUUCCUAUGACAAAAUGCCGGAUUAUGGAACUGUUAACGAAAAUGGACCGGUGUAUGAGACGAAGGAAGAGAUGGUUCAGAGAUAUGCAAGACAACCUUCAGAUGAUUCGGAACAAGAAAAUUAUUGAUAUCUCAGAAUUUUAUCGAAUUCUUUUUUGAUUUUGUUUACAAAGAUUUUCCCCAAAUUUGUUGAAUUUUAUUUAAUUUUUGUUUAAAUUUGCUACUGAGAAAAGGCAACAAUAUGUACUCGUUUAUAUACAUACAUACGCACUCAUGUAACAACAAUUGCUACACUAUACGUGAGAAAACGCUAUCAUGUGUGUAUAUAUACAUAUGUAUAUGUAUAUAUAUAUAUAUAUCCAUAUAUAUAUAUA